AUGUCAUCGAAACCAGACUCGCACAUUUACGUCAAGACUUUUGGUUGUGGUCAACUACGAUCGAAGGUCUCUGAACAGUCAAUUGAGCCUUUGAUCCGGACAAAGGAUGAAAAGAAGACAUUGCUAUUGUCAGAAACCAAGAAGCAAUGGCAACCAUUGACCCAAAAAGCAUACUUUCUUGUACCGACUAUCUUAGCUUCUGGAGCACUAAUCGGUAUUCUUCAAGUCUAUCUGGAACGCAGCAAUCGAGAUACAGGUAUCUUAUUUGCUCCAAGGAUCAACGACCUUCCGCUGAGCCAAACGUUCUGUUACCUGUACUUGCCAACGAUCGUGGCGUUGGUGUUGAGCUUCGUCUGGACCUGGAUCGACCUUGAUAUCAAAAGACUUGAGCCGUUUGUUCAGCUCUCCCGUUUAGGAGGCGCUCUGGGUAAGGACUCAGUUUUGCUGCAUUACCCUUUUGAUUUUGUGGCUUUCGUACCCUUUGCUGCCAUGAGAAAAAGACACUGGCCAGUGUUCUCGGCUUCCUUAGCCGUAGUUCUCAUAUUCUGGGGACUUACUCCUCUACAAUCCAGUAUAUUCGCAACCAAGAUGGUCGACAAGGUCCUAGAAGUACCUGCAAUCUUAUCUACAACAUACCUCUCAUUAGUUGAUCAGAAAACCACAUUGACUGGGCUGUACGCUCAAUCCGUUUAUAACAUUGCAUGGCUGAAUGAGAGUCUGCCGCCAUUUAUGGAUCGGCAAGGUAUGCUCGCGCCUUUUUCUCUAGCAGAAAAUCUGACGACAGAGACGAACGAGACAUGGACGACAAACACACGUUUCUACUCAGUCGAUAUCAACUGCGAGGAGGUUGGACGUAACAUGUAUAACUCUUGGGGAUGUCACUACGACAACUACUAUAUGAACCUUGAUGCCACCCUUCUGGAACAGGAUCAAUACAGCACAAUGUAUGUCGGAUAUUGGUACGAGGAGAGUAUGGAUUCGUACCUGUUGGGUCAAUGCCCAAAAGAAGCGAACCAGACCUUUCUUGUACGCUGGCUAUCUGGAGAAAGUAUAGGACCUGUCGAUAAAACUAACCCUCAGAAUUUUAACACUACACUUUGGUGCAGGCCAACUUACUAUCAGCAGGAGGUCAGAGCUACUGUUGUCCCUCCGGAGAUGCACGUCCUGGAUAUUGUGCCUGUUGGUCCGAAGCAGCCACUACCCGGAGACUUGAUCAAUAUUACUGAUUUUGAAUGGAGUAUGAGUCAAGGCUAUGAGAAGAACAACAACCGAGGAAGCUAUCCUACUUCGUCAUGGCCAGAUCCAAAGGAACGACUCCAGUCUAACUUCCCAAAGCUUGUAUGGAGCGACUAUCUGCCAAAUCUGGCAACAUUCGCACUUGGUGCAUACCAACGACCCCUAGCAGACUAUCUUGACGCCGAGACUCUUCGAAAUUCUUAUCAGGCUGCUUAUCGUCUACUGCUUGCACGAAAGUUGGCUGACAUAUUGUCAAGCGACUUGAGCCAUACCGAAACAGUGCUCGCAACACGACAGUACCAAACGCAAACAGUGAUCAUGGUAUCAACAUUCGUCUACAUAGUUGAAGGACUACUGGCAACCACAACCAUCAUUGCUUUGCUGAUAUUUAUCAUACCUUCAUGGAGAAAAACUAAUCUCGUAUCUGAGCCUUCGAGUAUAGCCUCCUUGAUGACUCUCACUGGUAACGAUCAACGUAUCAUUAAAGCCACUCGUGAGAAAGAUUGUGCGACAUCUCGAGAGCUGGAGAAUCUCUUCCAGGACGCUACUUUCCAUCUGCAACCAGCGAAUGAUUCUCAAGAGAGCACUCUCAGCUAUCUUGGUCCUGAUCCGCAAAUAUUACCUUCAGACAAAGCAAACACCAAAUCAUUGCCAUUACUGCCUAUCGAGUUGUCCUGGAUCUUCGGAGUUGCUUUCCUGAUGCUUCAAGGCUCAGUCAUGGCCGCGAUGGCAUAUACUUACAUCAGGGCACAACUACAAGAUGGUAACCUAAUCGUAGAAGGUCUACCUCUUCCGUCCAAAUCUCUGUUUGCCAAUCAGAUUGUCAUCAAGUAUCUGCCGAUGGUAGUAGGCGCUUUCUUCGAACCAAUCUUUACAUGGCUUACUAGGACUCUUUGCAUGCUUCAACCUUAUGAACAGCUUCGCAGAGGCGAUUCAGCACCAUCACGCUCAAUUGACGCGACCUACAGCUCUUUGCCACCGCAAGCUGUGAUGUUCCGAGCGCUGAGGACCGGACACAUCUCCUUGGCCUCGAUUUGUUGCAUCAUGACGUUCCUGGCGAACGUAGUUUCUGUAGCAUUCAGCAGUUUGCUGUAUGAGCAUACCGUCCUGUUUCCAACGUCGCGAAAUUUCACCGUGCCAUAUCAGCUUCCGAUCAAUGGCUCUGGAAUACCUCACUCUUAUACGAAUACGACCUACGAUCACUUUUACAUUGCCAUGUCAAAUCUUACAGCUGGUACACCUCUGCCAGCAUGGACUGAUGAAACAUUCUUCUACGUACCAUUUCAGGGCUCAGAAGGUCGUAACGCGUCUGCAACACUCUACCGUGCGAUAACGCCUGCCGUCAGUGCCUCUUUACAUUGCUUCCCAAUGUAUCAAAAGUUAAGUGGAAAACACUUGACAUGGGACAUUCCAGCUGGCAGCCCGAGUUGUGAUCUCUCAUCAUUACAGACUUACGAGACGUUCGAGUCACAGAUACCCGAAGCUAUCGAAUAUCUGACUUUCAUGAACACUGUCACGAGUGACAAUCAUGUUCCGGACUGCGAACUCACUGUCCUAGCCGGCUGGUGUAGAUCGUCCAUGGAAUUCUCGCACCAACCCGUUAACGCAUCUUGGAUUGGUUGUCAGCCUCAACUCCAUGUCGAGCUUCGCGAAGUCGUUGUUGACACUCCAGGAUUUGUCCAGUCCUCGAAGCCUAUCAAUGACACUAUGAGCCACGAUAAUCAGCUCCUCCAGGAUGGCUCCAAGGAUAUUUUUGAUGCGUUCCACGCGUUGCUUGCAUUGUCGGUUACUCCCAAAUAUCCAUAUGUGUCUACCAGCCCGUAUCACAACGACUCGUACCCUAGCGACUUUCUCAAUUACCUGAUGGCCCAAAAAUUGAACAGCUCGGCAACUCUAGAUCCUCACCUUCCGCCACCAUCUUUCAACACAACUGCGCCAAUCAUGGAAGCUCUGUAUACUAGGAUGUUCGCAAUUGUGCUCGGCUCGCGCAUCAAUGAUAUUCUACGACCCACAAACCGGGCAAUCGUUGUCGCCGGCUUUGUACUGCAUCCAGAGGCGCGGGUCUUUGUCUCGUCGCCCAUGUUCAUCCUUUCCGUCGCGAUAUUGGGCGUAUAUAUCUUGUUCACGAUCAUGUUGUACAUCCGUCGACCAUGGAGAAUCUUACCUCGUAUGCCUACAACCAUCAUCAGCCAAAUCCCUUUCUUUGCUGCCAGUCACGUGCUACAAGAUCUUCGGGUCAUGUCAGAUGCAUGCAAGAGCGAGCAGAGUGCCAGUGUCCGAGGGCUACGACAAAGAUAUGGGUAUGGGCGCUUCACAGGAACUGAUGGAAAAGCGCAUAUUGGCAUUGAGCGAGAACCUCUCGUGCAGAUUCUCACCAAGAACGAUUUGCGUCUGAUGCAGAAGGACACAUCAUCAUUGUAG